AGGACGUAGGCAUGUGGCUGACAGUUUACCCCGGGAUCUCGAUCCGUUCGACACGCGAAUGAUUGAAAGUAUUUCGAAAGUAUAAUUGCGCUUACUUACUACCUGACAAUUCUCUUUUUCUUGGAUCGAAAUCUCAUUGAACAAAAAGCGGGAAAAAAGUGACUCAAAGAUGGAAAUGCACGUUAGAAACGCCAAUGACAGCGUGAAUAUUACGACAACAGAAGCGUAUAUGCUCACAUCGGAGGUAUCUCUCACUGCCGAAGAGGAGGAUGCGAUUGUAACGUUGGUGGUAGUUGUGAUCGGUAUUAUCGUCGCUAUAAUGGUGUUAUUCUCGAUGGGUAUCUUUAUAGAUUGUAAACAUCAGAAAACAGAUUCUGUCACGAAAAAAAGAAAACUGAAAUUGAAAAUGCCAUUAGCACGAAGAAAUCGAAAAGACGAAGUGAAAGCUUUAGCUUCGGAUAUGUGCCCGAACGCUAAUGAUAGCGGAUUCAGAGUGAGGGAUGCCAUAGUUUGAUGUGUUUAGAACAAUCCUUAUUUUAUACAGACUUUACGGAAGAUUUGAGAAAUUUAUAUUUUAUUAUACGACAAUAAAAAAUAA